AUGAAGUUGAUGACUACAAAUUUUGUCCAAUGUGCUGUUAGAUCUUGCUCUAAGACUUCAGAUGCAUUCCCACUUCAGUACUCCGAAGUCCAAAUGGUCCAACAAGAAGUCGACUUUGAGCCAGAAUUUCUGCUCGGACUGCUGCCGCGUCUUGACUGGCCUAAUCUUGUCAAGGUCUGCGAAGAGCUUGGAAACACCAGUCUGCCAAAAGAUAAGCCUGAUAUCGAGGAUGCUGAAUCAGAGGAAAGCUUACAGUUCCUCAAGAACCUUCACAAUCUUUUGAUCGAGACACAAAUCACAGAGGGCAACAUGACAUGCAGAAACUGUGGCCACACUUACUACAUCAAGAACUCCAUUCCUAACUUUCUUCUUCCUCCUCAUCUCGCCAACUAA